UUAUAUCUGUUUCGGACAUUGCUUAUUACCACCUGUUGCAGAUAUUAUUUCUCUCUCUAAAACCGUUUAUUUCUCUCUCUAAAACCCUUUACAACGCUAUCUUCAUUUCUUUUCAAUCUUUCUCGUGUAAUUGUGUGAUUUCUCGAUAACGAUUCGAGGCAUUGGAUUCCGAUUUUGUGACAAAAGCUAGGGUUACGGAUUUUCCUAAUUUUCUUCGGAUUAAUUUUUCGGAUAAUUGUCUUGACAUGGCGAAUCGUAGAGAACGAGAUUUGAUUCAAGGCGAUGGAAAAGAUCCAGUGGAAUCAUCGAACGGUGAGGAUUUCAAUUUCGACGAUUCUUCGUCUGUGGAAAGUGGAUCCGGCGCGAGUAGUUCUUCGCCAGGAGAAGACGGUAGUUCGAGGAGUGAGGUUGGUUUGACGGAGCGUUUGACGGAUAUUAUUGUUGAUGAAGGCGACGGUGAUCUGCUGAUUCAGCAGACUUAUUGUGAAGACCGGCUGUUGCAGUGGCUUCAAGCUCUUGAUAUGCAAGUUAUGGGAGCGUGUCGCGCCGAUGAGCGGUUGAAACCUUUGCUGAAGAUGAACACUGUCUCUGGCGUUUCUGAAGAUCCUUUAUUGACUCAAUUAAUUCAGCAUUUUGAGCUGUCCGAGGUUGGUAUGUUAGCUAGAUGCUUCUGCUUGCCCCUUGUUUCCAUCCGUGUUGGGAAGAUCAAUAAGGAAGGCACUCGAUUGUGUCCUACUGCCAAUAGGGGUAACUUGACACUUGUUCUACUUCCAAGUUCUGAUCUUCGUCUCUCAUUCAUUGGGGAUGAUGGUAAAACAGAGAGAUUAUUCCCUCUUUCCAGCGAAUCUCAAUCUUCUGCUGUUGUGGUUGAGGGAAUCCCUACUGACAGUUCUGGUCGAUCCUUCUAUGUGACAACUCCUGAUAACAGAACUUUUUUCUUCUGGUGCUCUGAAAAAUCUAAGCUGUUGGGAGUUGAAUUACUUGCAAAGAUGAAUGAUUUACUCAAGAGGAAACCAUCAAUUGCUGAAUUGAGUGGCAUUAGCAAGUCGCGGCUUGAUUGUUUUGCGACUCAGCUUCGUGCUUUCCUUGUGGGGUCAACUGGGGGAAGUAGUCAUGAUAGUUCAGCCUGUGCUUCAACCUCUGCUAAUUCCACAACAUACAGUGAUGUUGCUUUUGAAAAUACACACAGUUCAUCAUCAAAAUUUCCACGAUCUCGACAUAUUGUACAGACAGCCAAGGGAGAUUCAAUGCUUUACCCGAGUAUUCUUAGUCCAAGGUCAAGUUCUUUUAAAGAGGUUCCCCCAAGAAACUUGUCUUCCCACAGGAUUGCUGCUAGGGAGAAGAUUAAGCGCCGUGGUGAGAACCAGCAGCCAGCAGUUGACAAUUUGGAUUCAUCAUCAACCUCUGAUCACGACAAAGCUUCAGAAGUUACAAAAUCUCUUGCAUUCUCACCAAGUUUUAUGGGAUCAAUGGGAAAGCUGACUGUUCCAUUCAGCCUUGGACCGGGUGGGGAAUCCCCCCUUGUGGUGCCCCCUCUUUUUUCUCCCUACUAUUGUUGGUGUCCUCCUGGGAUUUCUACCUUUCCAUCCAUCGCAACACUUCCACAAUCUCCCGACUCAUUUGCUUAUUCACAGCCUCUUGCCUCUGGCGCCUCUCUAUUACCCAACAGCUUCUCAGCUAGCCUGUUUCAACCAAUACAGCCUCUCAAUCUUGGUUCCUCAAUGGACUUUCCUCCAUUUUUUCCUGAACCAUUAGUCAGAAUGUCAUUACCAACUUCUCAACAGAUUCCCACUUUUACACCACUAAUGUGUGAUCCAAUUGUUCACGUCCCAGUAAUUGAUGUCUGUUCUUCGGGGCAGGGCUAUCUUGUGAGUGCUGGUCCUGCAAUGUCAACUAGUAUUCCACCACUACAUCCAAAUCUUGUGAAUCCACUGAUUUCUGAAUCUGAUGCUGUGGUGAAAGGUGCAAGAGAGACUCUAAGGUUGCUGAUUAGUGGUUCAAACCAGGGUAACCAACAGGUUAUGAUGGACCCUUUACCAGCAAUUUUAACCAAUAUGGAUGAAAAACAAAACAAUGUACUUGUCACUGGCAGCCGUGGUCUUUACACAGGAACCAGAGAUAUAAAUGUUAUCGCAAAUAGCAUUGCUGCUAUGGGAUUAGUAUCAUUAUCUUCUGGGGUAUCCAAGGGAGACAAUGAAGGUGAUUCGGAGGUGUGUGGCGGCAACUAUGGGAUUUUGGAAACAAUGAAGAAAUCCAAUGAUACAGGUGGUGCCUUUUCGGAUGAGGGCGGGCCUUCUUUGGAUUCCUAGUAGUAAUAGUCUGGAAUGCAAAUUAUGUUUUUCCAUUUGUUGUUCUCUCGUCCAAAAAAUGUAGAUAUGUGCUGUAGUUAAGCCCUUUUGAAUGGAAUUAGUACAAAUUUCACGAUUCUUAAGCCGCGAUUCCAUGUAGUAUGCCUUUAUUGAUCUUUAAUUGAUUAGAAAUUGAUGAUUA